GUCCUUUUGCUCGUUUUGGGAUCAUGCCAAUCGGUGGAAGGUCAACCGCUAUCAAACUCAGCGAUGGUGGCGUCUGGGUACUUGCCUCCACGCCUUUAAACCCUGAGACCAAGGCGAAGAUAGAUGAGUUGGGUCCUGUACAGUGCGUCUGUUUAGUUUCCCCCGCAAUCACAGCCAAACCCUUCCAGGUAUAUCAUCAGCGCUAAUUCUGUUCACCAUCUGUAUCUCGGUGAAUUCAAGAAGGCUUACCCCUCCGCUAAGGUGUUCGGGCCUGCGGCAGCAGUUGAACGAGCGGACAAGUCGCUUCAUUUCGACGGAGUCUGGGGCCGCGAUGCAUCUGACACCAAGUACGGUUUCGAGCACGACGUGAGUGGUGCCUCCCCGCCUUCAGAGUAUCCUUCCUCACGGGACGCAGAUCCAGGCCUGGUGGGCCACCUAUGCGUGAAAUAUCGCCGGUUGCUGACCGCUUCGUCAGCUACUUCUCCGGGAUGGUAAACAAGGAUGUCGCAUUCUUCCAUUCGGCUUCGAAGACUUUGGUGUGUCCUGCUGCGAUUGCUCACCUCCACUGAAGUGACGCGAAUAACAACAGUUGGAGGCGGACCUGCUGUUCAAUCUGCCGUGCACAGAACAGGCACGCGCCCAACCCGCUGACGGCCCUUCCCACUCACUCUCUCCCAGUAUUCCAAAACCAAGUCGUCUGGUGCUGUUCCUGUGAUCGGCGCUUUGAACCCUGCGUCUUGGCUGCACGGCAAGAUUUCGGCGGCGCUGGGUAAAGACAAAGC